AUGAGCUACAAUCAUCUAUUUAAAAUAGUUGUGGUUGGUGACCAUAAUUGCGGAAAAUCGUGUAUGUUGCUCCGCUUUGCAGAAAACACUUUCAGAAUGGAUCAUCUGAGCACCAUUGGUGUUGAUUUCAAACUGAAAACGAUUAAGCUAGGUCGUGAUAAGAUUCGGUUGGAAUUGUGGGACACGGCUGGAAUGGAAAGAUAUCGGACAAUUUAUAACUCGUAUUAUCAUUCUGCUCAUGGCGUCAUGUGUGUGUAUGACAUGACGAAUGAGAAAUCCUUCAGCAGUUUAGAGAGUUACUGGUUAAAGCAGAUCAAAGAACAUGCACCUCAGAAUUCUGUAUUGAUGUUAGUUGGCAACAAAGCUGACUUGGGAGAUGAAAGAAAGAUACUUAGAUGGCCCGUCUUCACUGGACGUGCGGGCCCCAGAAUCUCUUCCACUCGUUUCGCUCCCUCGCCAUUGUCAUCCAAGAUGUUCUCAAGCUUCGUGAGUGACGUUGACGAGGUCCUUGCGCCGUAUCCAGCUGAGCUCUCAGCUGGUCCAUCCGUGCAGCGAACACGUCACCCCAUCUCGUUGGCGGUCUCCCUCGGGGGCGUUUAG